AUGAAACAACUACCAACUACCCACACCGGACAACUACCCACAACUGCCCACACCGGACAACUACCCACAACUACCAACACCGGACAACUACCCACACCGGACAACUACCCACAACUACCAACACCGGACAACUACCCACACCGGAAAACUACCCACAACUACCCACACCGGACAACUACCCACACCGGACAACUACCCACACCGGACAACUACCAACACCGGACAACUACCCACACCGGACAACUACCCACAACUGCCCACACCGGACAACUACCCACAACUACCCACACCGGACAACUACCCACAACUACCAACACCGGACAACUACCCACUACUACCCACACCGGACAACUACCCACACUGGACAACUACCCACAACUACCCACUCCUGACAACUACCCACAACUACCCACUCCGGACAACUACUCACAACUACCCACUCCGGACAACAACCCACAACUACCCACUCCGGAAAACUACUCACAACUACCCACUCCGAACAACUACCCACAACUACCCCCUCCUGACAACUACCCACUCCUGACAACUACACAAAACUACCCACUAAAGACAACAACCCACAACUACCCACUCCUGACAACUACCCACAACUAUCCACUCCGGACAACUACACACAACUACCCACUCCGGACAACUGCGCACUACUAA